GUUUGUGACAAUACAGUACCUAAAGAUGGUGCUGUGAUGCAUCCUUGCUUUUGGGCUCUGAUCCAGCAGUAACUGAUUGAAAACUGCCCAAAUUCAGGUCAGGCCUUGUGCAUCUGAGCAAAAAAGUAAACUGCUGGAAGAACGCAGUGAGUCAAGCAGGACCGGGAAUGGUUAGCGUUUUGUGUCAAGACCCAUGUAUCACGUUUCAAAUAUUGAUCGUGACUUUGCUUCCACAGAUGCUGCUUGACUGGCUGCAUUCUUCCUGAUGUUUAUUUUUUUACUCCAUCUUCCAUUAUCAGUUGCUUGAGCCCCGUGGAACAUUCGAGACGCCCGUCCACCAGUCUGAACUGGAUUUGAGUGACGCGGGCCAGCAAGCUCCUGAUCGUCGGAGAAAGGCAAUAAAGCUGGCCUUGUCAGGGUGAUUUUACGUGGUGAGAUCAAGCCCCGGGUGUGCUCGCAGACCAGCGGCAUCCAGAGAAAAAGCAGUUGGAGUGGGAUUGAUGGGAUCACUCAGCUCAAGAAGCAUUUGUGCUGAAUGGACUCCUGCUGUCCCAUGCGCGUUCCCAGUGAUUGUUCAAAUAGAUCGUUGCUAGGAUCAGCCAGAGGAGGAACCCAGUCUGUUGAGACCUUUGUGCACCAUUCUAGGAUUCUCAUGACAGGAUGCAGGAAGAUACAUCAGACUUCGAGCUGUAAUCGUCCGUUAAUCCCUAUUGUCAUCGAACAAACAGGUCGCGGAGAGCGAGCUUAUGAUAUCUACUCAAGGCUACUGAGAGAGAGAAUUAUUUGUGUCAUGGGACCUAUAGAUGAUAACAUUGCCAGUUUAGUCAUCGCUCAGCUUCUGUUCCUUCAGUCAGAGAGUAACAAGAAGCCGAUCCACAUGUACAUCAACAGCCCUGGCGGUGUGGUGACAGCUGGCCUGGCCAUUUACGACACCAUGCAGUACAUCCUCAACCCCAUCUCCACCUGGUGCGUGGGGCAGGCUGCCAGCAUGGGCUCCUUGCUGCUGGCUGCAGGCAGCCCGGGAAUGAGGCACUCACUGCCCAAUGCUCGCAUCAUGGUCCACCAGCCCUCAGGAGGGGCAUCUGGCCAGGCCACUGACAUCGCCAUUCAGGCAGAGGAGAUCCUCAAGAUUAAGAGGCAGAUCAAUAAUAUUUAUGCCAAGCACACCAAGCAGCCACUCCCAGUGAUCGAAGGAGUGAUGGAACGGGAUCGAUAUAUGAGCCCCGUGGAGGCUCAGGAGUUCGGGAUAAUCGACAAGGUCCUCGUCCACCCUCCGCACAGCGGGGAGGAUGAGCCGCAGCUGGUUCACAAGGAGGAAUCUACCACACCGGGCACUCCCGAGCCCUGAGCUGCGAGUUCCAUCCGACGCACCUUCUCCCGACUUCUCUGCCACGUGUACAUCAACACUUUUUAUUAAACAUUUUUUGACAAAGAAGCCUCUCAAAUGUUGCCUCUCCAGGAGAUGUGAACAUAAAAUCUAGGCCUGUACAUCCCACACAGUACUGAGGAAAAUCAACACUGUUGGAGAUAGGGUCUUUCAUUAAGUCUGCUCGCCCUUUGAAGAAAAGUGUUCGAGAGCCACAAGGUAAUGUUGCAGCUCCCCCCCCCACCCCAUUAUACUGGCUAUCUCCCCUCUCUCCACUCUCAGUUCUAAUGCAGGCUUUCAACCCAAAACAUCGACAAUUCCUUCGUAGAUCCUCAAAGUUGCAGUUCAAGUUGACAGGGUGGUUAAGAAGCCAUAUGGUGUGUUGGCCUUCGUUAGUUGGGGGCUUGAGCUCAACAGCUGAGAGGUAACGUUGCAGCUCUAUAAAACUGUGGUUAAUCCACACUUACAGUGUUGUGUCAGUUCUAGUUGCUCACCGUAGGGAUGAUGUGGAAGCUUUAGAGAGGGUGCAGAGGAGAGGACACUGCCUGGAUUAGAGGGCAUGUUUUAUAAAGAUAGGUUAAACAAGCUAGGGCUUUUCUCUGAGAGGAAGGAUGAGAGGAGAUGUGGUAGAGGUCUAUAUAAUUAUGAGAGGUGUUGGUAGAUGAACAGGAAGGCAAUAGUCAAUACCAAAGAGCAGCUAUUUAAGGUGAGUGGAGGAAAAUUCAGGGGAGAUGUCAGGGGUAGUUUUUCUUUUACACAGAGUGAUGGGGGUCUGGAAUGCACUGCCACAGGUGGUGGUAGAGGCUGAUAUAUUAGGGAAAGUUAAGAAGCUCUUAGAUAGGUACAUGGAUGUGGGCUGUGAAGAAGGGAAGGAUUAGAUUGGUUGUGGUCAUAAGAGAUUUUGCAGAUCUACAAAUCCUGAGCAGCACACACAAAAUGCUGGAGGAAUUCUGCAGGUCAGGCAGUCUGACAGGUGAUGGGCAAGACAUUCCCCCUCACCUGGUCACACCUAUCACCUGGUAGUUUGUAUUCUCCCCACUUUCUUAUUCUGGCUUCUGCCCCUGACCCCACCCGCCACUUUCCCAUCCUGCUGAAGAGUCUCAGCCCGCAACAACUGUCAACUAUUUAUUCCCCUCCAUAGAUGCAGCUUGAGAUUGAUUGUAGUAAAUUGGCCAAUAAUUAGCUUGAUUUAACAGUAGCACAAAAGAAUUUUUGGUCGGCGUCGGACUGUGGGAGCUUGAUGUGCAACAUCGAGUGAUUUCAGUAAGCUCGCAUCCAAAGGGAAAGCCAUUGGCUGUAAAGAACUUUGGGACCUCAUGAAAAUAUCCGGAGAGAUUCAGAACCUCUUGCAUCCUCCACGGCUUUGAAGAGUUCCUCCUAGCCGGGUUUUGAGUUUUGCACUUGGCUUUGGAGAACAGGGUUCUGAGAUCACUGAAGGGAAAAUGGAGAGGAGCAACUGCAGAUGCUGGAAUCAGGAGCAACAAACAAGAUACUGGAGGACCCAGUGGAAAUGGAUAACCAACGUUUCCGUUUCGGACUCAUGGGCUCAACCCAAAAUGUCAGAUAUCCGUUUCCCUCCAUAAAUGCUACCUGACCUACUGAGUUCCUCCAGCAUCUUACGUUACGAGGGAAAAUGGAGUUGCGCCAAAUACUCUUAGCAUCACAGAGUUAUACUGCCUGAUACAGGCCCUUCAUUCCAUUCCAUCCAUGCCAACCAUUUACAUUAUGCACUAAUCCCUUUCAUUUUAAAUUUUCCCCUCAUUCUUACCAAUACCACCCCCUUACUAAUUCACCCACUCACCUGUACAUUAGGGGCAACUUGAACAGUAGCCAAGUAACUCACCAACCCACAGGGUCUUGGGAUGUGGCAGAAGACUGGAGCACACUGAGGGAUCCCCACACAUCACAAGGACAACGUGCAAACUCCACACAGACAACACCGGAGGUCAGGACUGAAAUCAGGACUCUGGACCUGUGAGGCAGAAGCUCGACUGACCACACCACCGUGCUGUCUGGUCACCUCUUUCCGUUGUGUUAACGUAUUUGCUAAUUUCUGCACCUUUCCAAAUCAAGUGGAGUUUACUGAGACAUGCACAGGUGUGGUGAGGUACAGGUACGAACAAAAGCUUGUGGCAACAUCACAGGCACUUAGGGACAGACAUAAGUGAUACAAGGCAGUGAAGAGAGACAGAAAAAAGACUGCAAAGAUAGACACUAUUAGAAAAAAGUGUGGGGUGGUGCAAGAGGUGACCUGUAGUCAAAGUAAGAUUAGUUAUCAACAUACGUACCUGUAUGUUACCAUGUACCACCUUGAGAUUCAUUUUCUUGCAGGCAUUUACGGGGGGAAAAAUAAAAAUAUAAUAAUGUUCAGAAACUUGUACAGAAACAAAAAUUGAAAAACAACUAAUGUGCAAAAGAAGACAAACUGCAAAUAAAGUAAAAUAAUACUAUGAGCAUGAGUUGUAAAGAAUUCUUGGGAGUGAGUCUGUAGGUUGUAGAAUCAGUUCUGAUUUGUGGUGAGUGAAAUUAUCCACACUGGUUCAGGAGCCUAAUGGUUGAACUGUUCCUGAACCUGGUGGUGUGGCAUCUAAGGCUUCUGCACCCUCUUCCUGAUGGAGGCAGUGAGAAGAGAGCAUGGCCUAGUUGGUGGAGGGAGGUCCGUGAUGAUGGAUGCUGCUUUCUUGUGGCAGUACUCCAUAUAAGUGUGCUCGAUGGUGGGAGGGCUUCACCUGUGAUGGACAUGGCCAUCAAAAGCACCUGAAACGUUAACGCUUUCAUUCCCGGGAUAAUUCUCGUGAGCCUCCUCUGGAUGCUAUCUGGGACUUUCAAGGUCAAUAUCCUGUCUUUCAAGCUAGUAAGAUUUAAAGAUUGUAACAGAAAACAUGAGGAAGGAAACAAGAUUAAUUAGAGUCAAACCUGGAACAGAGAUAACAAUAAAGGGGGAAAGAUUGGAGUAAGAGAGAGAACAGCAGAAAGUUAUAGGAAGAGGUCUCGGUUUCUCACACAAACCUCCACUCCUCAAAACCAUCCAUCUUACCUAAGCAAUCUCUGAAAUGCGUACACAGCUAGAAGCAGCAAAGUGACUUCCCACUGUAAGUGUGUUUGCCUCAUCGUCAGAUCCAUUUCCAUUACCAGGUGCUGUAGACUGGGAGGGGGCCAGAGAUAUUUUAAAACAAACCUGUCUGGAGGUUCCUACGGUAGUGAGCUGUGUAUGGGACAAAAAGAAAUUGCUACCAUUCUGCUGUGGGGAUGUCCCACCUUGGCCGUGGGUACUAGAGGGAAGACCCUCCUCCAUUUUGUCAGCCAGCCACAGUUUCCUGCUGGCGAAGCAGGAAGAUGCUGUCCAUCUCACCAUACCUAUUCUGGUAUUUUGUAGAUGAUCUGCAUCAUAUCUCGAUUAUUUUCCACCAUUUUCUCUUAGCAGGAUCAGAAUCGGGUUCAAUCUCAUCGAUAUAUGUCGUGAAAUUUGUUGUCUUGCAGCAGCAGUGCGAUGUGAUAUAUAACAAUAGAAAAAAAAUGUGAAGUAUGUAUGUCUGAGAGUGUGUGUGUGUGUGUAUAUAUAUAUAAUGGUUAAAUAAAUAGUGCAAAAAUAGAAAUUUUAAGAAGUGAGGUAGUGUUCAUGUUUUCAAUGUCCAUUCAGAAUUCAG